AUGUCGGAGCCCAGGGACCGGUUAAACAGGCCUGAAGACAUUUCGGUGAGGUUCAGUCGUCGAAGGAGGUCAAUCGGUAGUGGCAUCGGAAUCUUAGCUGAUGAACCAGAGAUAGGGUUGGGAACUCCGUUCCGGUGGGGUGAUACGGCGAUGAUGGGGACACGUAGACCGAUUGGAGUGGCAGCUACGCGAGCAAGAGGUGGUGGUGGUGUUGGGAGGGGUAGUUUGGGAACACCAAGAAUUGCAGGAAAUGGGCGUGGCCGGAAUAUUUACAGGUCGCCGGUGGCGGUAGUGGGUCAACAAAACAUGCCGCCGGGGGGACGUGGCGGGCUAGUUAUUGGUCGCGGCCGAGGACGAGGGAGGAGUGGCAGUGUGUUACCUUCUUGGUACCCGAGAACUCCUCUUCGUGACAUCACCGCUAUUGUGCGGGAGCAUUUCUCUGCAACUCUGGUAGUCUGGUUCUUCUUCAUAGGAAGAGUGGCCAUAGAAAGAACAAGAGCUCGCUUGAGAGAAAUGGAAGGCCAACAAAUUGAGAGUCCUAUACCCCAGGACCAGGCUGUUCUUUAUCCAUCUGUAACUAUAUCAGGUGCUCCACUUGAGCACGAUUUUUCUAUGAUUUCCCCAAAUCCAACAAUUGGAAUCAGGCAUUGUACACCAUCUGUUGGUAGAGUGCCCAAGAUAUUGCUUGAUGUCACCAAUCAGAAUGCAGGAGAAUCAGAUUUUCUCACACCCCAGAAGAAAUUGCUGAAUUCAAUCGACACAGUUGAGAAAGUUGUGAUGGAGGAGCUGCGUAAAUUGAAGAGGACUCCCACUGCUAAGAAGGCAGAGAGGGAAAAAAGAGUCCGCACUUUGAUGUCAAUGCGCUAAUCAACGUAUAUUUUGUUCUGAUUUCUUCAUCAACCAUGGUUGAUAGCAUAGAGAUUAAGGAUUUUGGAUGAAAGGAGAAUGGACCGACCUGCGUUGUAAGAUUGAUCAUCUUCUGAUGAUCUGUUGGGCUCUCGUUUGUUUCGAAAGAUAGUGCCAUUUUUCUAUUUCUACAUCUUCUUCACAUGUUAACUUCUACCCGAAGAUCUUACCUGAGGAUCACUAGGCGAUUUUGCUCAUAAUGUCAUCUGCUGAAGGUUUUGAUGUAGGAUUAGUAGAUACUUUUGUUUCCAGUUCCUUUCAUUUACCCAAGUUCUUGAUGUAGGAUUAUAGUGUGGCAUUGAACUGAUGUACAUAAAUGGCCAGAUUGCACUCUUUGUUUCAUUACUUGAUGAGGUCUUUUGCCCUUGUAACUGUUGUUCUUAAUAUGAUAAGGCAGUAGUCAUUCUAUCUUAAUAUGAUAACUCUGGG